CGGGAAUAGUAAUGUCUUUGUACGUCAGGUUUCAGCGCGGUGCGUUUAGCUGAGGGAGUUGGAAGGAUUGGAGCAGAAAGAGUUUCUUUGUGGGUAGUCCUAAAUUAUGUCUGAGGAGUGGGAUGAUGGUCAAAGUUCUACAAGUGUUGAGGCACCUUUUGACAGGGGGACUGACUUCGGCCGUGGAAGAGGCUUUGUAGCAUAUGAAGAAAAUGAUUUCGACAGUCCAGGAUUAGAUGAAAAUGGUGAUUCAGGUUUUGGAGGUCGAGGUCAUGGUAAUGGAAGAGGAAGAGGACGAGGGAGAGGCAGAGGUUCUGGAAGAGGUGGUAGGGGAGGUGGUGGUAGAAGAUAUGAUGAUGAUGAUAAUGAGGAUAGGGACUCGGAUUCUUAUUCCAGCAGAGGUGGUGGAAGAUCAAGAGGUAGAGGUGGAAGGGAAGACAACAGAGGGAGAGAAGAUAAUAAGACUGAACCUGAAAGACCAAGAGAAAAUUAUAUACCUCCUCCACCUACUGAAGACGAGGACGAAAUUUUUGGACAGGGCAUCAGUUCUGGAAUAAAUUUUGAUAAAUACGACAAUAUUAAAGUGGAGGUGACGGGAGAGAAUAAACCAGGGCCUAUUGUGGAUUUUGCGAGGUGUGGCUUGAGAGAGUUUGUCUUACAAAAUGUAAAAAAAUGUGGUUAUACAAAACCAACACCGGUGCAGAAAUAUGCUAUACCCAUAAUAGCUGGUGGAAGAGAUCUCAUGGCAUGUGCACAAACUGGUUCUGGAAAAACGGCUGCCUUCCUUCUGCCUAUUAUUAAUACCAUCCUAAAUGAUCCAAGAGAGCUAGUCAUGACAGGGCAGGGUUGUGAGCCCCAUGCUGUUAUACUAUCACCAACAAGGGAACUUGCAUUACAAAUUUUUAAUGAAGCACGGAAGUUUGCUCUCGGUUCUAUUGUAAAGUCUGUUGUUGUGUAUGGAGGUACUUCAACUAUGCAUCAAGCCCAACAAGUAGCGAGGGGCUGCCAUAUUCUUGUAGCAACCCCAGGUAGGCUUAUGGAUUUUUUGAACAGAGGUCGUGUGAACUUCCAGUCUGUCCGCUUUGUUGUACUUGAUGAAGCAGAUCGUAUGCUAGAUAUGGGUUUCCUACCAGAUGUUGAGAAGAUGCUGGAACACCCUACAAUGGUUCCUACGGGAGAACGUCAAACAGUUAUGGUGUCCGCUACAUUCCCUGAAGAAAUUCAGAGACUAGCAACAAAAUUCCUGUCCAAUUACUUAUUUCUGGCUGUUGGGAUUGUUGGUGGUGCUUGUAGUGAUGUGGAACAGAUUUUUUACAAAGUAUCUAAAUUUGACAAGAGAGCAAAACUUACAGAAAUACUGAAGGAAGAAGGUGGCAAGAAGGUACUUGUUUUUGUGGAAACAAAAAGGAUUGCAGAUUUUUUGGCAGCAUUUUUAUGUGAGGCAGAAUUUCCAACAACAAGUAUUCAUGGUGAUCGCCUUCAAAGUCAAAGAGAAGAAGCGCUUUAUGAUUUUAAGAGUGGACGAAUGGGAAUUCUUGUGGCCACUGCUGUUGCAGCCAGAGGUCUAGAUAUAAAGAAUGUGGCUCAUGUUAUAAACUAUGAUCUACCCAAAAGCAUUGACGAAUAUGUUCAUCGUAUUGGCCGAACAGGAAGAGUAGGAAAUAGAGGAAGGGCGACAAGUUUCUAUGAUCCGGAUGUGGAUGCACCAUUAGCUAGGGACUUAGUGAAAAUACUGCAACAGGCGAACCAGAACGUUCCAUCUUUCCUGGAAAGUGAUGCCAAAGGUGGUGUAUCAGCAUAUAGAGGUGGACAGUUCGGUGGCUCUGACAUCAGAAAUUUAGAGCCAGAAAACCUUGCAGGGCCUCCUGAGCCAGAAGAAGCCUGGUGAAAUUGACUUUUGUUGGAAAAUGAAACAUUCCACUGUCUUUGAUCCUAAUGAGAGAGCAAGAACUAACUGUGGUGUGUAAGCUGUGACUCGAGUGUUAGAUGUUAUGGACUGCUAGAAUGCACCUCACAGUACUUAUUAUUUUGUAUCAGUUUAUUCCUAUGAUUGUUGAAUGUUGUGAUCAUUUAAAUGUGAUUGUGUUGUUGCUGUUCUAGUACAAAACUUUUACUGUUAAAGACUUAAUUUGCAGCUGUGAUUCAUUACCUUUAAUUUUCUACAGUAUUGUGCUCAGACUGUUAAUUCAUAUCUUUUUAGUAGUCAGUUAACAGUAAAACUGUUUGUGAGGAGAACAUUUGUUUGAUUCAAGAAUUUUGUGAAUCCUGUUCAGUAUUUUUGCAGCAUUGUUUAUUGCUAACAAAAGGGAUGCUUAUUGAAAACCAUAUUACCACGGCUAUUUAAAUGUUCAGGAUUUCAGUGUUAGCCAUUCUGUUACAGCCUCCUGCUUAUCUGUUUGAUGCGCCCUUUCUAAAGCAAUAAACGUUUUGUUUGAAAUGGUCUCAUGUGGCUCUAGAAUCUCCUUAAUCCGUACCCAAUUUUUCCUUAUAUUCAGCAGCUGUUACUCAGUGGUAUGAUUGUGGCACAUUACAAUUUCUGUUGUAAAGUUUCUGAGGUGAUGUCUAUUUAAGAUGGGAAAUGUUUCACAUACUACUUCUCAGAGGCUCCUUUUGAGGAGGAUUCAUAGGAAUUGUGAAAAAUGCUGGACAGGAAAAUAAAAAUAAAAAAAAUCAUGCAAUAGUAAGGGCUAUUGCUCUGUUACUACACAUUACGUAGGAUGGGCUCCCUAAUUGUAGUCUACAGGUUGGCCAUUGCAGAAAUUCUUCAGGAACAGAGGUUUAUGCUUUUGCUGUAAGUAAACAGUGAAUUUAAUUUGACUGGGAGGAUUUAUAAAUAAGUUCAAAUAAUGGAUGUGCCCUUGUAAAUAGUUUGUUAGUAAAACUGUAGUUACUCUCCCAUGAUCUUCCCUUAAUGUGCAUUUAAUUGUAGGACCUGACUCAGUAAAUUCAUGUGAAACAGUUCUUUACCUUAAGGCAUUUCUUAAAGUACUUAGGAAGAGAUAGUUGUAAAUUGUCUUCACUCUUUGGUUCAGUCUUUGUCACUGAUACUCAUUGGUUCUGUAAUCUCUGUCUAGGCUCUAAUUGAAUUUUUCUGUUUGUUAAACUGUUUUAUACUCGAAGAUAUUUUGUGGUAAUUGUUUUUUGUGUUAAGAACUGAGCCACUCUUGUAUUUGGCAAUAUGUAGUUCAUUAAA